CGUUCUCAUAACAUAAUCACAUUUAUUUGAUUGUAACGAAAUUACGAAAGACGAGACGACGAAACUACGAAAGUGCCUACAAUAUUUUGUAUCUCAAUUCAUAGGACACAGAUUAAUUCUGUGUUAAUGCUCUGUUGUUUAUGAUGUUUCUCUUAUACCUGGUAAUUCAGUAGAUAAUAAUUGUGCUUAAUCGUUUUAUCCGCGUUUAGUUUAUAUAUGUUUUAUCGAUUAUCGGUAUUCGAGGUCAUGUUUAGAUAAAGCUAUGAGAAAAGUACCUACUCGAGUUAAUAUUAUGGAUUUAAACAAUACAUUAUGGUGUGACAUGUCUUUCAAGUUUAAAUACAACGAGUAUUGUGUACAUACAUGUACAACAGAAUGCUUUAUGUGAUUCUUAAACAGCGGUCUGCUGUCUAACUGAAAAACUAUGUACUAGAGGACCGAUUUGAAAAUAUUUUUCAAAAUGGAGAAAUGGUUAAUUCAGUCCAUAUGGAUUGCUGUGUUUGGAUUUCUGAAAGAAUUUCGACCCGAAGAUCCUUACAUCACUCAAUACUUAACAAAUCCGCCCAUGAAUUUUACAAAUCAAGAAGUAAUUCAAGAAAUAUUUCCAGUGUCCACUUAUACUUGUCUUGGCCUAACAAUUGUUAUGUUUUUGAUUACUGAUUAUUUACGUUACAAACCAAUUGUUAUCCUGAAUGCUUUAUCAAGUUUUACUGUUCAAAUAUUUUUGAUUUUUACUCGAACAAAGACUGACAUGAAGAUAAUGGAAGUAUUUUAUGGCACCAUGAUUGCCUGCGAAGUUGCAUACUAUACAUACGUUUACUCAAAAGUAGAUAAAAAAUAUUAUAAAACGGUUUCCAGCCACAUGAAAAUGGCAUGUCUUAUAGGCCGACUUGUAUCGGCAUUGCUUGCUCAAACAUUGAUUGAUAACCAUAUAUUAACUGUACCUCAUUUAAACCAUUUGACAUUAGCUGGUGCAACUGCAUCAAUAUUUUGGGCUUUUGGUUUACCUUCAAUUAAAAGUAGCUUAUAUUUUCAUCAAAGCCCUGAGCAUACAUACAUAAGAGAUAGUACAGAUGUUAAUGUAUCCAAACCUAAAACUGUGUGUCAAAGACUGUGGUCCGACUUCAUCACGGCUUUCACAAACCGUUAUGUUCUUCAGUGGUCCAUCUGGUGGGCUUUAGGCACAUGCUUUUAUUAUCAGUGUAUGUCGUAUUCCCAAUCAUUAUGGCAAGAAAUAUACCGAGAUGGUACGGAUUUGCAAGUGACCGAUAAUGGAUUAGUUGAAGCUAUUUAUACGAUAAUAAGUACACUGGGAGUUUAUUUGGUCGGAAUCAUAACAAUACCAAGUUGGUGGUUAGUGGGUACUUUAACUCUUGGCCAAGGCAUAUUAUUGUUGAUAAUGGCUCAAGAUACAUUAUUAUCACACGCAUAUGUUGGCUACGUAAUGUUUGGAACAUUUUAUCAUAUCAUGGCCACUGCAGCCAAUUGUGAAGUAGCUAAAAAUAUACCUGCUGACAGCUAUGCAUUGGUAUUUGGAGUUAACACAUUCAUGUCACUCUUAUUGCAAACUUGUUUGACAGUGGUUGUAAAUAGUCCGAUAGGUCUCAUGUUAGACAUUAGAACACAGUUUUACGUAUACGGCGGAGGUUGUUUGAUAAUCGGAGUUUUAUACACCACCGGAGCAUUGUAUUCAACAUAUAACACGAUGAUGAGACAUAGAAUUUUUACAACGUCGAAUUAA